AUGUCUCUCAAACAAGAACAAGUUCCAGUUUUGGAGCCAUCUGCGCUCACAAAACUGAUUGAUUCCGCCUCUGCCUCUGGAAACCCAGUCGAUGCAACCACAAUUCAAGUCCUGCACAACCUCCAACACCAGCAUCUAUGGACAAGUCUACAAAUCCACAACCUUGCGGUCCCAAAUACAUCCAAUGAUUCCUUUCCCGUCCGAAAAAUAUUAUCUGGCAUCCCUCCAAAUCGUGUCUAUACCCACCCAGAUGAACAGCUCUACAUGCUCCAAAAGGGUAUCCGUGAAGAUGAUCUGCGCCCAGAACGACUAUUUGUCAUCCCUACAGCCCAAGGACAGCCAUGGAGCUUGCGACGUAUGGCCCUUGCAUUCGAGGCGUUAAAUGAUGUCGAGGUUACAGAUGAUGUCAAUGAAUUGAAGGGACCAGAAGUUGACGCGGAAAAGUCGAAACAAUUGGAUGAAUACUAUGAGAAGAGAACGGAGGCUAUCGCAACACAGGAAUGGGGUUCAAAGCGCAUGUUGCUUGCAAUGGUGGAUAAGGGAAUGGGUGGUGAUGGGACAGUGGUUUACUAUGUGGUGCAAGAAGGCGAGGUCAAGCCGCGACAGAACUAG